AUGCCGAUAAGGGAUUAUGGAUAUUGAGGUGGGGUUUGACUUGCUUCCUGAGGAUGGAAGAAGAUAAACUGGCAAUGUCCUUUGGGACCCGAAGUUGGGACACCGCGACACCAGGGUUGUGGCCUGAGUAACAUUUUUGCCGGUAGCUGCUGAGGGCAGUUACUAAUACUGUUAGGCCCAAGUUUUCUCCCUCAUCAAACUACUUCCCAGAAGCCUGUACUAGGGCCACAGAAAUCCUUAAUCUACCUCUAA